UCACUAUCAGAUUCAGUCGUGAGUGCAAAGUGGAAUCAAGUACUCGUCACGUCGCUUCGAUAAGGAAAACAAUCCCCGAUGCUGUCAAAGUUCCACCAGCAGGCCGUCAUGGCCGGCAGCGUGGACUACUUCUGCCUGGCGUGUGAUGACGUCAUCCGGAGCGCCGCCGCCGCCGCCAGGCACGUCAGGAAACCGGUGCACGGAAAGAACUUGAGCGGGACCGGCUAUGUGAGUGUUGGCGGGUCGGAGCGCAUACGGAAGGUGAAAAAAGGCUAUUACUGCGAAUUCUGCAACAUUCUCGUCGCGACCAUCACAAAGACCAACUCACACAUAAAGGAGGAGACACACUUGUUCAACAAAUCGCACCCGUCAGCAGCUGAAGCGGUCAAGGAGUCAGCGUUCCUCAGGAGAGUGAAGACUACAGUCGUAGCGUUUGACGACAUCGCUAUAGCAGACUUGGCGUGGGAAGGAAUAAUUGAAAACUCCUGCGUAGUAUGCGAUGUGGAGGUGGAUAACGCCAAUAUACAUAAGAGCAAAGUGGAACAUACCCUUAAUGUUAUUAAAGCUAAAUUACAAAUUGGCCCAGAUAAUAUUUCUCGUAAGAUUGACGAUUCUACGUAUCAAUGCCUUACAUGUAACACGAUUGUGGCAGCCGAGGAUAUAAUCCCACACUUCGACCAACCGGAGCAUUCCAGACUUUAUCUCGAGCGUCGUAAAGCGAAACGUGCUCUCAUCAAAAAAACUGAUGCCGAUAGUCGACAAACUACAACAACUAUAAGCGACGCAGUUAACGCUGAAUCAGAAAAGAAGAAUGACAAACAUAAUGCAACAAAAGAUACUAAACUUAAUGCUGAAACAGUAAACAAUAAUGAAAAACAUAAAGCAAUAGCAAAAAUAACCAAAAAAGAAACCGAUGAAACUGCAAAACUACCUACAUCUAGUCAGAACAGAACCAUGAUAAUAGAAUCUAUAGAAGGUUUUCACAAAGAGAAUAUUCUUAUCGACCUGAUUGGUGACAAGGCGUUCUGUAGGGUAUGCGCAAAAAACGUUAGCUUUGCGUUUGAUGCAAUUGUCAUACACAUAGAGGAGCACCGACAGCAGAACAGAGCCGGCCCCUCGACAUCAGCUAAAACAUCAGCACAGCCAAGCAAGGCAGACGACACUAGCGCAAUCCAAGUUGCGGAGAAUCCAGACGAAAAGAAAGCAAAGCAAGAAUUUGGGAAAGAUAACGUCAUAAGGUUCGAGAGCGACGGGUCCACUUUCUGUCUGCUGUGUAAGAUGAAAGUAUCCUCAUCUUUGGAGCUCCUCAAGAAGCACGUUGAAGGGCACAAAACGGGCAUGCCCACUGUCCAGUACAUCGAAAAGUUCAUAAUUUUUAAAGUCCCGGAAAGGCAUGGGGUGAUUAUUAACAACCAGAUUUGUUUGGAGUACCGCAGUUUCUUAUUCUUGAGACAAAUGGAUCGCGAGGGCGUUCUGAGAUGCGUUGCGUGUCAAGUGAAUGUUUACAAGCACAGAGUGGAGGAGCACAGAGAGACCCACAGGCAUCGACGCAUUAUGGAGGAUACACCAGUGCUUACUACAACUUCAGCCACUUCAGAGUUCAUAAGGAAGGUAAGGCCGGACACCUACCACUGCGGUUUCUGCAACCAACUGGAGAUAGGCCUCGCCAGCCUCAGCGACCACCUGCAGAGCUCAUCGCAUCAAGAACAGAAGGAGCUAAGCACACGGAUCCUACAUGACGUUCUAAUGGUGGAGAAUUUACGGGCAGCACGAGAUCGAAGACUAAUGAAUGCUUUAGCUUCUAUGAAUCUUUUUGGCAUGUACUCAGAUAUAUGGGAUUCUGACUAGUGACUUAUGACUUAUGAUUUUAAUUUUGAACAUUGGGCACGAAAAGAUAUUAUCGAAAAUAUUUAGUAGGUAUAAGUUUAUCUUUGUAAUUAAUCAAAUAAAGUUGAUUCUAGCGUUUGCC